AGACUACCGGGAACUAGGCGAUUACUCAGUCGACAACUUCCCCGGCCACGCCCCCUGGGAGGAGAUGCACGGGUUCGAGUACCUGCAGAAUCGCGACGGUCUCUGGCGCAACUGGACCACAGCCGUGUACGGCUACGAAGCGGCUCCAAGGUGCCCCGAAUGCGGCAAUUCAGAUAACCUCUUCUGUGACAGGGAUAUUGACCCGCGCCGUCCGGAUGGCGUAUGCGUCACAAAAACGAAGUUCUUCUGCGUUGACCCCCCCGUUAACGGAAUUUGAUAGAGAUAAGCCGUUUGAUGAGCCGCUGGGUGGUGGGGCUACUCUCAUGCAGGACACUAUACACAAGGGGCUGCCAGGGGACGGUCGUACCAGAUUCAUGUCGCAGGAAGAAGGUCUUGCAAUUCUCAGAGAGAAGAUGGGAAACGUGACCGGGUCAACGCCAUCUGUAACGUACAAAGUAAAGGGACCAGGAGCACCAGCGAACGGCAAGUCAACGCUGACAUUACAUCUGCAAGAGGACGUGUACGUUAUUUCUAGUGCUGACAGCCAGGGGGCACUGGAGACAUACGAGGCAAUCAUCCGGGCUCUGUUGACCACUACUGCGGCAAUUAUUGCCAGCGUUAUUUAAUUAAGUGAUGUAACGAAAAAAUGCCGUUCGUAUUGCUUGAAAACAUAAGUUACUAGGAAACUUAACAAUAAAGUUAGUUGGCAGCUUCCUAAAUUUGAAUGACUGGUUAAUUAUCUUCUUUUUAGAAUGUAGUGUAAUUGUUUAAACAUAGUAAGUUCUGAGCAGUUGAAUUAUGUGUCAAACUACGGUAAAUAUUAAAAUUAGGAAUGAAGCGUUGCGUAAAACACGUUUGUUUUGAAUUAUUAUCAAGUUUCUAAGUUGUAACUUUAAAUUCGAGCAGUUUGAUUCGGAUCAUAAGAUUACGAUGUCUAUACGCUCUAUACGUAGUUUUGUGCAUAUUGUUUAUGUAUAAAAUAAAUAACAGCUUUUUCUAAAACCGUUAAUUUGAAUAAAGUGUUUUUACGAGUUUUUUCCGUUUUUUAAAGUAACACACUACAGCUGUAUCGAUUAUUACAAUUAAUAAAACAGUAUUACCUCAUCUCCGAAUACUCAGAUCAACUAAUGCCGAAACAUUAAAACAUUCGCACAUCGUAGUUCCCUAGCAAAAGAAUUAGUCCACACUCAACUUCGCUAUUUCCAUCUUUCUUAUUGUUUAUUCGUGUUAAUGGUCCAAACGACGUGUUCAAUUAACUGAGACCAUUAAACAAACCAAUCGCCGCGUUUACGUAUUGUGUCGAUAUUAUCGAUAACAUGUCAAAUUAAUUGUUGUUGUCAUGUUUUAAAAUUGUAUAUAUACUGCUAAGUAGUACUGCCAGUCUAACCACAUACUAUCACUGCCAAUGUUUAAAUUCGUAACAAACUUUGACGCUUAUAUUCUUUCUUAGGUUAUAAACCAGCUAAAAUGCGACAAUUGUACUGUUCAUGUAUACUAACAUUCACUAUGUCAAAGGCUGAUUAACUAUUAUUAUACCUCACUUUUAUUCACAAUGCUAAAC